CCCUCCUCUUCCUCUUCCUCUUCCUCUUCCACUUUGUCUUAUUCUGGAUCCCCUUCUGAAACGUUCAAGUUGUCACCUCUUCCACCUCUGCGCACUCCCGCUCAAUCUGAGUAUAAUUCUUCCACACAUCCUUCCUCCUCUUCCUCUUCUUCCUCUUCUUCUUCUUCCUCUUCUUCACUCUCUUCAUCUCGUUCUGCUCACUUUCUUCAACUUAAACAUCAGCAGCAGCAGCUUCGGCUUCAGCUACAGAAGCAGUUGCAUAUGGCCAUGCAUCUUAGCAACUUGAAGAACAACCGCAGCAUCAUCUCUUCCACCAACCCUUCUAAAACUGACAUUGAAUUUGAAUCUCAUUCAUUUUCAUCCUCUAUUUCGCAUUCUGAAAAGACAACAGAAUCGUCUAGCCCAUCGGAUAGUACACUCGCGCUUCAAUCAUCACAAAACGUGGUUUCUCAUUCACCAGGCGAGAAUGCCGUUAAUUAUGAACCUCAUCGAUCCACAGUCUCGUUAGAUCCAGCUGCAUCAAUCCACAAUCUUGUACAGAAGGCUCUUUCUUUUCAAUCUUCCCUCGUGCCAACCAUGGUCUCACAGGCUUCGGAUCUGCCUUUCCCUUCAGUACAAGAACUUUCUCUAAUGCUCAGUGCCGAUAUUGAGAUUCACAGACUUUGGAAAACUAUAACCGAGAUUCUUUCUCAAAAAUUUUACGCCACCAGGAUUACAUUAAGCCUCCCUCAAGAUCCUACUGCCGUCGCCUCAUCGAUCGAAAACAAUCUACAUCAAAGUCGUCCCUGGGGCCUUAAGGCUCACUGGGAUUACAAGCAUCACUUUCUUGAUGAGAAUACAGUAACGCCUAAAGACGAGUUCGCGCACCAUCACCAUCGACUGCAAAAAAACUCGUCAUUGGCACAGGAUUAUCAUGACCUUCAGAGCCUGCGCCUAUCAGUAUCUUCAUUCCCACUUCCUUCUUCUUCAUCAUCAUCCUCCUUCUCUUCAUCCUCCUCCCCAUCCUCUUUCUCUAGGAGACGGGCUACAACUGCUAAUAAUAGCUUUAACAUUAAUAUUAACGGUAACGAUCAUAGUCGUGAAUAUGAUCAUAUCAACACUAAUAGCAUUGAUGAAAACAGCACUAACAGAGGAAGCGCAAAGAGCGAUAAUGGCGACACGAAUAAUACAAGGAGCAGGCAAUACUAUCCAGUACCUGAUACUGUUGAGUAUCACGAGGAUUAUUGGACCACCAAUCCACCACAGGAUUGUGGAUACUCCUCUUCAACAUCUAGUGCAUCGUCCUAUUCUUCCGUUAGCGACUGGACAGAUACUUCGAGAUCGGCGAUCCGUCCUCGAAGGUUCACUCCGCAUUCAAGUGGCACGGAAUGCUUCGCCAAUCUACAAUCGUUAGAGUACGAUCCAGAGCCGCUGUUGAAUGAACGUACUAUCGAUAGCAUUUUGAAAGCUGGAAAGACAGUUGUCUUGACCCGUGAAUAUGUGGGCUCUAAGACUAUGAGGAGAAAGGGUUCACGUAUGAGAUCAUUCUUAAGUCGGCGAGUGCAUGACGAAGAGGACGACUCUUCAUACACGGAUACAGAUCCUGCGGACGAUCAUGCGGAUAUACAAGAUGUUGAAGACACGGACAGAAAAGGAAUGGCGCGAGCUCUUUACACUGAAGGGGAAUCCAUUUUUGAGCAGGAUACAGGUUCAGAUAUGGACUCAUCUUCUUCACGUUACGACUCGGAAGGAUCGUAUUUUCCACCUGUGGAAACAACUCUUUACAAUGCACGUGGAAAUAACGCUGGCCUCUUGGGAGGUCAUUCCAAAACAGGAUACACCGAUAUUGUUCAGGGACUAAAUCCGACCUGGUCACAGUCACCCGCACCAUCUCCUAAUAUCAUCAAGGAAGACCCAACGAUUAACCCGUUCUUCCAGCCCCUUACAUCAUAUCCAGCUAUGGAUGAAGACACAUUUGAUCCGCCUGACUCGAUAAGCGAUUCUACAGAGGAUGAUCACAAUAUUGAAUCAGACCAACCAAAAGAAUCGUACCAUCACACCGGUCCUUCGCGCCCACAAGUACCUGUAUCCUCUUCGCAGAUACCACUCCCAACACCCUCGUCUGUGCUCUCCAAUGCAAGGUCAUUAAUCCACAUCCCCCUUUAUCGGUCUAUGGAUCACAAUAACCAGCGAUACCUGCCUUCAGAUAUUCGCAGUCAUCGGCCACCGGCGAUGCCUGUGGGUAUAAUCUCUUUCCUUUCAGACCAGAUCCCCUACCCUCCUGAAGCAUUAGACAUUUUGACGGAUCUGAAUCCUUUUCUCGCCAAUCAGAUUACAAAUGCACUGCGUCUAGAAGAUAUUGUAACUAGAUCCCAUAGAUGGGGGGAUAUCAGCACUCCCAGCAUGAGUGAUGGACCACUUACCAACGAGACAUUCGCAGAGUCAAUACAGCGCAAGAUGAAAGAGACUGGCGACGAUCUUAGAACACCCAAACCAUCAACGGUGAGUCAUAGUGCGAGUCAAGAUUAUAUGAAUGCAACCUCUGCAGGCAUUUCGCACCCUCGACAUAAACAGUCAUCUACACGGUACACUACGGCAGCGUCAAGGAUCAGGUCUAAAUCAAGGAAUCAGCAAUCCAAUGCUUCUCAAACCCUUUCAAAGCAGCUACGUAUGACUAAGGACCCUGAAGGAUAUAACGAUUCCUCAAGCUAUAAGUAUCAGAGUUCUACGCAAGCGAAAAUGAGCAUUAAACGCGAUACAACCGUUCCUUUAGGACCUUCUGGCCUAUCAGAUGGCAAUCUUACCGAACCAGAACCUUCACCAGUUCAUUCACCAAACGAGAAUCAGUUUGACCCGUAUGAUAUGCCCCAGUCGAGCAAGCAGCCAGAAGCUUGCUAUAAUCUCGAUUCGACUACAGAUGAGAUUCAUCGCAAUCUAAACUUACUGAACUUGGACGUUACUGGAAGCGCGACAUGCCCACUUGCCCCACAAACAAAAAAAGUCUCUGGGCGACAACACCACACCUCGAGAAACGCUCUAUCCCACCAUACUGAUGAUGCUUUUCUCUCGGGCUGGUCUAACGACUGUCGACGAAUGGGAUCUUCAAAAUUGUUGGAUAUUGAAGGAAAUGAAGGCCUUGAUAAUCAUGAGAGGAUGUGGCAGACUUUGCAGGCUGAAGAACCAGAGGAAAGAGCACGAUCAUUACCGAGCUCACGACUUGGGGAUAGCGAAUUAGAGCUCGCUGGAAACGAAUCUCUGCGCUUAAGCUCAACUCACUCUGUCUCUCCUACAGGUGGAGCCAAGCGGCACUUAUUUUCAACUAGUAAGCGGUCGGGUCUCCGUAGGAGGCGAAAGAGUGUAAAAGACCAUAUUCGGAGUCGGGGAACUCCAUCUCACCUAUCAGAGAGUCCACUUCCAAGCUCACCAUACACACCAACUAUGUCUGGAUUCUCGUCGCAGCAAUCAGAAGCAUCGUCAGGCAGCGCCAACAUUAGCGUCCCAGCGUUUUCGCCAGAUCCAUCGCCGAUCGCAUCGCCAUCAGUGCACCAAACUAGGGCAUUUGAUCAUGAUUUUAGAAUGAUGGAUUUAGCAGCAAGCCAUGAACAUGGAGAAGCAAGAAAAACUUCCUUAAGUAGACAAGGCAGUGGCUGGAGCUUCAAUAGUGAUGACACAAGUCUUACAUCGCCUGGCCCUCAGCAUGAGAAGCAUCAUGUUGGACGUAAACACAAAAGAAAGCAUCAUGCCUUCUCUUCAGAGCGACAUGGUCAUAACCCGUUCCCAAGAACGCGGCUCUUACGCUUGAUUGUUGAUGCCAUCUCACAUCAUGUUUUCACGCUUUCGCCAAGAUCAGGAUGCCUGACCUGGCUUAACCAGCGAUCAUUGCAAUAUACGGGGCUGCCGUUGUCUCAACUGCUUCACACUUCAUGGACUCAACUACUUCAUGAGGAUGACAGAGAGACAUUUCAGCCCCUUUUCAAAGACUGCUUUAUUCGAGGCGAAAUGUUUAAUGCCCAAUAUAGGGUUCGCCGAUUUGAUGGACAAUAUCGUUGGUUCCUAGGCCGAAUUUUGCCGGUUCGUGAUUGUGGUGGCAACAUCGUGCAUUGGUUUGGGACGUGCACUGACAUCCAUGACCAAAAAUUGGUUGAAUUACAAUUCAAUCGCCAAGUGGAACUAGAGUUGAGUGAGAAAAAAUAUCGAUUACUAGCAGAAGCAAUUCCGCAAAUAGUAUUUACAGCUUCUCCUCACAUCGGCUUGACAUAUGCAAACGCAAAAUGGUUCACGUAUUCGGGCCAAGUUUUUGAGCAGGCCUCAGGGCUAGGGUUCAUGGACCAUGUGCAUCCCGAUGAUAGAGCCAAAUGCUUCCUUCCUACAAAUCUUCCAGAAGGUAGUGGGCCUCCUCCAGAAAUGUCAGGAUCAGAUCCUAGCUCACGGUAUUCAACCUCGCCGGGCACUGCAUAUGGAAAAGGACCAGGAGAGGUUUCAUAUCAAACAGAAAUGCGAUUACUUAGAAAGGAUAGUAAAUACCGAUGGUUCUUGGUCAAGUGUAUUAGUGUGGAGGUUGUGGAACAAGGACGAAAGUGGUUUGGGACCUGUACGGAUAUUAACGAUCAGAAAUUGCUAGAGCAUAAGCUUAAAGAAGCGCAUGAUGCAGCGCAAAAGUCGACUGAGAGCAAGACCCGCUUUUUAUCUAACAUGUCGCAUGAAAUUCGAACUCCAUUGGUGGGAAUCACUGGAAUGAUAAACUUUUUAAUUACUACAGAUCUGACAAGCGAGCAGUUGGAUUACGUUCAUACAGUGCAGCAAUCUGCAGAAGCCUUGCUUCUAGUCAUUAACGACAUCUUGGAUCUUUCUAAAGUAGAAGCCGGUAUGAUGAAGCUUGAAAUGGAGCCCUUCAGCGUUCAUGCGAUGAUUGAGGGUGCCAAUGAGCUUCUGAGCACCUUGGCUAUUCAAAAAGGACUAGAACUUGGAUUUUUGGUAGAGGAUGAUGUACCUGAGGUAGUAGUCGGCGACCGUGUCCGUCUACGUCAAGUUCUUAUCAAUAUUAUCGGCAAUGCAAUCAAGUUCACAUCUCAAGGAGAGGUAUUUUCUCGUUGCUCUUUGGUACCUUCCAAGCCGAAUACCGAUCCGACAUCAUUGACUAUAAAAUUUGAGAUUUCGGACACCGGUAAAGGAUUUGAUGAAUCAGAAAGAGCAGUGAUGUUCAAACCUUUUUCUCAAGUGGACACAUCCUCAACCCGAAAGCAUGGCGGUACUGGAUUGGGUCUUGUACUGAGCAAAGAAUUUGUCGAGCUGCAUGGUGGAAGUAUCCAAUGUGAAAGUGUUAAAGGACAAGGAAGCAAAUUUUCAUUUACUUUUGUCGCUCGUAUACCACCACCAAACACUACCGCGCGUGCAACCACCCCUAUCGCCAGCGAUGAUGUGCACUUAAGUGAAAUGUUGAAGGUUAAUAGAAAGCCCACUCCAAGUGCUUCAGCAGCGUCUUCGGCAGUGCCUGUACUCAAACUUCCCUCUAAAUCAACGUCAUUCAAGGAUAAUAAGGCUGUUCCAGAAAUCUUGCCUCUUAGACACGUUACAGGCCUCAAGCUGAUUCCAGGGGAAAUGUGUUUUGCAGAACCUGAUUUGGAAGAUACGAUAGCGACUGCAUCAAAUGCGCUAAAGAGUGCAGCUCGCAAGAUUGGCCGUGGUGAGUUUGCAACCGCGGAUAUUACACUGAAUUCUAUCGCGGAGGAUGAGUUAGAAGCCAGAAAACACAGCGCAGCAUUGAAUCCAAAGGCGAAUAUUGAUUUGCCUGUGAGCGACAUUAGUACCGUCAUGUCGCGGACCGAAUCAAUUCUUGACGAGCGCAGAUAUCUUAAAGUUGGACAGCUCACACCAACCAAUCCCCCGUUAGGCGAGCCCCCAAGCGUUGCUAUUGUGGCUGCCAAUUUACCGAACCCAGCUGUGGAUAUGAAACUGGCGAUUCCUGCAAAGGUUUUGGAGAGUAAAGCGCUAGCCGCGGAAACCAAAAAGACAGUAACCCCUUCAGCAGCCGUUUCGCAGCUCAUGCGACCUGUUCAAAUGCUUUCAAACAACUCAUCAUCGUCAGCGUCGUCAUCAUCGGUGUCAUCAUCAUCGUCAUUGUCAUCUUCAUCCUCUUCCUCAACAAUUUCGUCUUUUGAUUCUAAGCUGUCCGCUUCCACAGCUAUAUCCUCGUCUGAAUCAUUGACUCUACCAGUAUCGACUCCAAUUUCUCCAGAACAGCCCCGAAUUUUAGUAAUCGCAGAUUUAUUGCACGCUCGCGAGACUAUUUUGCACCUAGUCAACCAACUAGUUCCUAAGGAAUUGAAUCCUUUAAUUGACGUAGCCGUGGAUUUAAAGGAAGGAAUUGAGUAUUUGGUGGGGGAGCGUAAGCAAGUGACCUUGACGGGCAAAUUCAACUAUUUACUCAUCAAUCUGGCGUCGUACAUGGCUGUCAUGGAUAUCUUUUCAGCCAUGCAACAAGAUGGUGUACUCGUUGAAUCCAAUAUAAUGACAUGUGUAAUCACAACUCCGAUGCAGCGGGCCGCGCUAAUGGAAGCUAUCAAGGUCGAGGAAGCCUCGAUGGAAAUAGUGAAGCCGAAGGAUGGUCAGACGCCGAUCAAAGUCAUACCCGAUAAAGUCGAAUGGGUAUUUAAGCCGCUGACGAAAGCAAGGCUUUAUGUAGCAUUUGCUGAUGCUGUCAUGCAGCAUGACUGUGUUUCUGGGGACCAUUCAGGGUCUAGGACAAAUGGGAAGGACGGGUUCGUGGAUAGUAAUAAGAUCAAUCUGAAGCGCAGGACGGCCCAACAAGUGGUGAUAAACCAGAAAGAAAUCUUCAAUCAGAUGCAUGAUGCUAUGGAAGGACGCAAUAUCCGGAUUCUUUUAGCAGAGGAUGAUCUGACAAACCAAAAAGUCAUCCGAAGGUAUUUUCAGAAGGUUGGAGCUGAGCUCGUAAUUGCAAAUGACGGUAACGAAUGUGUAGACAAGUUCAAAAGUUAUCCCAGGAACCAUUUUUCGCUUAUUUUGUGCGAUCUGUUUAUGCCAGGAAAGGACGGAUAUGAAGCCACUAGGACGAUUCGGGACUGGGAAAGUCAGCACCUUCAGGAGGGCGAAAAGCGGAUUCCAAUUGUGGCACUCAGCGCCAAUGUCAUGGCCAAUGUCGCAGAGCAAUGCUUGAAUAGCGGAUUCACGUCCUACCUUAGCAAGCCCGUUGACUUUAAGAAGCUCAGUGAGACUUUGUGCAAAUUAGUUCUCUAGCUUUCUAUGUGAUUUCCUAUUAUUCUUAUUUUUAUUAAUUGAUAUUUUUAUAAUUUUAUUGCUAUCGCGCUGGAUCCAUUUAUAACCUUUGCUUUGGCACGUCCACUCGUUUUUUUUUAUACGUGUAUAUUUCUUUGUGAAGUCAUUUGCAACUUCGAUCUUUUUAGCAAAGAUACUUAUUUGAAAUCGAGUUUACAUUAGACAAUGCUCGCUUGCCCAUGUACAUUCCUCUUUUUUCUUUAUACACUAUUAUCAGAAAAAUAAAAUAAAAAUAAAAAUAAGAAGACUGUUAUUUGGU